CUACAAAUUACACUCUCAAAAUCACUAAUUUAACCAGUCGGAGGUUUAUUGACCGGUCACACCGGUGCCACAGACAUAUUUUGUCUAGUAUUUGUAGGUUGUUGGUGGCCCAUUGACACAUCCCGUUUUAGGAGGUAAAAUCAGAGAAAAUAGACCGGAAAAGGCAAAGCUACAAGUGAGUUUUACCAAGUCAAAGACAGUUAAUUCAACUCAGGGAACUUGGAACCUUUGAGCGGUAAAUAAAGUUACACGUAUGUCUUAACCAAACCAAAUACUAGGAGUUAGUGACCACUAACCCUCAGAAAGAUCAGUUAGGCAGUUAUACAGCAGGGGAAACUCUUCAUUCUUGUAUAGACCCCAGCUUCUGAUCCUUAAUUACCUGCAACAAUCAACACUUCUCUCUGAUGUUGUGAUCAGAUUCAAUUCUUGUCAAAAACUCUAACCAGAAUUCUCAGAAAAAAAAAAAACAAGGAAUGGCUGCAGAAACUGUUCAUAUAGCUAUGUACCCUUGGUUGGCACUAGGACACCUGACCCCAUUUCUCCACCUUGCCAACAAACUAGCCAAGAAAGGUCACAGAAUCUCAUUCUUCAUUCCCACCAAAGCACAACAAAAGUUGGAGCAUUUCAAUCUCCAUCCCAAUCUCAUCAAAUUUAUCCCAAUCUCUAUUCCCCAUGUUGAUGGCCUCCCUCCAGGUGCGGAGACCACUUCAGAUGUGCCUUACCCCUUACAUCCCCUUAUAAUGACUGCCAUGGACCUUACUGAGAAUGACAUUGACCUACUUCUCCAAGACCUUAAACCUGACGUUGUCUUCUUUGAUUUUACCCACUGGAUGCCAAGAUUAGCGCGUCGUCUAGGCAUCAAGACUGUUCUUCAUUGCAUCAUCAGUACAGCUACAAUUGGUUAUGGUUUAUCCCCAACAAGGUUUACUGAUAACAAGUUGACGGAAACUGAUUACACGCAGCCUCCCACGGGCUUCCCAUCCUCAUCCAUCAAGCUCAGCAUCAGCGAGGCGCGAUCCUUUGAGAGAGCGACUGUUAUGGAGUUUGGCAGUGGCAUAACGUUUGGCGAACGCCAAUAUAUAAGCUUGAUUGAAUCUGAUGCAUUAGGAUACAGAACAUGUUGGGAAAUCGAAGCACCGUUCAUCGACUAUCUCAAGAACCAAUUGGGGAAGCCUGUGUUGCUUUCAGGGCCAGUCAUACCAGAGGCGCCAACAUCUGCAUUGGAUAAAAAAUGGGAUCAGUGGCUUAGUGGGUUUGAACCAAACUCUGUAAUCUACUGUGCAUUGGGAAGUGAAUGCAAUUUACAGAAGAACCAGUUUCACGAACUGGUGAUGGGUUUGGAGCUCACCGGCAUGCCAUUCUUAGCAGCACUGAAACCGCCUCCGGGUCUGGAGUCGAUUGAAUCAGCAUUUCCAGAAGGGUUUGAAGAGAGGGUUAAAGGAAGAGGAGUGGUUCAUGGUGGAUGGGUCCAACAACAGCUGAUCCUAGAACAUCCUUCAAUUGGAUGCUUUAUCACCCAUUGUGGUUCAGGGUCCUUAUCAGAGGCCUUGAUCAACAAAUGCCAAUUAGUACUUCUGCCACAAGUUGGAGACCAGAUAAUUAAUGCAAGAAUGAUUGGAAUAGUCUUGAAGGUUGGUGUGGAGGUGGAUAAAGGAGAAGAGGAUGGAUUGUUCACAAAAGAAAGUGUUUGCAGGGCAGUGAAGGCAGUGAUGGAGGAAGGCAGUGAAAUUGGCAAAGACGUAAGAAUCAACCAUGCUAAGUUGAGAGAACUUUUGGUUAACAAGGAUUUGGAGUCCUCUUAUAUUGAUGAUUUUAAUGAGAAGCUUCAAUCUCUUCUUAAGUGAGUCUUUUUCAUCUUCAACUCUCCCAGAAAAACUCUCUGAAGAAGAAUUAUCAGGACAAGUUAUGGCUGCAGCUACUGUUCACAUAGAAAUGUACCCUUGGUUGGCACUAGAAUUCCUCCACCUUGCUAAUAAACAUCCUCAUAUUAUGUUUUGAUUUAUAUCCCUUUUUUAUGCAGUGCAUUAUAUAUAUACUCAUAACUUAUGUCUGCAAUAUAGCUCGGAAUUUUCUUCUUUGAUCAUGCCAUAUAUAUCAACUAGGAUUCCAGCCAACAGGUUAGUUGGGUCGAGGCUCAGCGCAAACCGCGACGCCAACUUAGAAUCGAACUCCCGACCUCGAGAGAGAUUCUUUACCCCUUAAGUCUGUAGAGAUAACUAGUUAGGCUAUUGUCAGAUGGUUCCAUAAACACAACACAUUAUGUGUGAGGAGCGCGUUUCUAGGGUUAGAGAAACAUGAGAAGUCUCUAAUUUAUUGUUGCAAGCAAUGCCUAUUUAGACAACCCUACUUCAUUAGUCAGACAACAAAAGAGAAUGAAUCUCAAGGUUGCUGAAGAACAGUCAAGUCACUCUCCUUCAUCCAUGAAUAGGCAUUGAGAUUGUUCACACAAAAAUAUACAGAUUCUUGUAACGCAAGGGAGCUAGAUAGUAUAUAAAAGACAUACUGCAUAUAUCUAUUGUUCACAAAAAGAAAUGAUCCGUCUUAAUCUAAUCAGUUCAAGUAUUGAACUAUCAUAAUAGCAGCAUUGCAAAUCCUGCAUCAGAGGCGGCUAGCCAUGCAAGAAUGGUGAA